UCACCCUUGAAGUACAUUAGAACAAAUCCAGAAUUCAGCUUUUUAAAAAAUCAUAACAUUUGAUUUUGGGAAUUUUAUUUUUUUUAUGAUAGCCCUUAUAAGUUAAAAUUACAAAUUCCCCCCACACUUGAAAAUUCAAAUCGAAGAAGCACGGUAGCACCAAAAACACGAACAUAAAAAUGAUAUAUAUGUAGAGGAUUUUUUCCUUUCCAACAUAACCUUGUUUAGUGUGAUAGUGCUGUAGCUUUUCGAACGGACAGGAAUUAGGUGUCACAACAUUAUUGCUUAACACCAAUUUUUUACGCACUAGAAUUUCAAUAUUAACAUUAUCAAAAGCUAAAAAUAAUACAAUGUUUAAAUAUUUACAAAUAUAAAAUCAAGGGGAAUACCCACCCUAGACUAAUAUAAAUAAAAAUAUUUUGAUAGUUUACACAUCGUCAACUGACCUUCAAACCCAUCCUGAUAACAAACUGCAAACACAGAAACAUCCAAUUAAGCAUUACAAUCCUGAAAAUGUUUUUGUUGUGUACAGUCUUUUUAGCAACAAUCCUUAACUUCAACAACUGUAAUUGUCUUCUUCCGGUUACCACUUGCGGUACCACUUUAUACACAAAAACGGGAACUUUUUCUCCACCCACAUUUUAUAAACCCAACAACAGCAACCCCGAAACUUGCAAAUGGCGCAUUCUCACAUCUCCGGAUGAAAAAAUCACCCUCAACAUAACACAACUCGACAUCAAAAAGACACCCAGUUGCAUUUCGGGGUAUGUUGAAGUACGAGAUGGGCUGUGGGAGGAUUCUCCUCUCCUUGGAAAAUUCUGUGGACGGGGUACUCUAGAUCCCGUUACCUCCACGAAAAACAAAAUGUUAAUUUCGUACGUACACCAAGCAGGUUAUAGAGGGUUUUUCGCAAACUAUGAAGCUACCUGUGGGGGUGAAGUGUACGUGCGAAACGAGUUUGUUUUGCACUCGAGCCACCCUCAGGAAAAGUACCCCCUUAACAUAAAGUGCGUUUGGAAAGUAGUAGUACCGGACUUCCACCAAGUGGUACUGAGCUUCCAGAAAUUCAAAAUAGAACACCACGAUCAGUGUUUGUUUGAUUAUGUGGAGAUUGACGAUUCGAAUGGUACUUCUCGUGGGAGGUUUUGUGGCGACGUACUUCCAGGUAAUGUUACUUCGUCUUCGAACAACCUUACGAUUAAAUUGGUGUCAGAUGCCUCUAUUCAAAAGGAAGGUUUUUCUGUUUUUAUUUUGGCGGAGUUUGAUGAAUGCACAACUAUGCUGCACGACUGUGCCCAAGAGUGCAUUAAUACCAUUGGUACAUACAAAUGUGCCUGUAGAAAAGGAUACGAAUUACACCCUGACGGGAAAAACUGUGAAGUUGCCUGUGGUGGUCCUCUUAAGGCACUCAAAGGUGUGAUUCAGUCGCCAUCUUUUCCUAAUAAAUACCCCCCAAAUAAACGCUGUAGUUGGGAAAUUGUUGCUCGUGUCGACCGUGUCGUACUUUUCAAUUUCACUCAUUUUGAUAUAGAAGGACACAAUAGGACACACUCGAUUAAAGAAAGGUGCGAAAAGGACAGGCUGGAAUUUUUUGGCGAAAGUGAAAAUGUGACGAAACACUUAGGUACUUACUGUGGGAGUAGACUACCAGUUCCGCUUAUAUCUGAAAGUACCAGGACGAAGAUUGUCUUUUUUUCGGAUAAUACUGUUGAAAGAAAAGGGUUUGCUUUAGAAUAUUUCGUAAUUAGAGAUAAAUGUGACAAGUUUAAAGGUAAUUGUCAUCACGGGUGUGCUAAUGUGGUUACAGGUCGUAAGUGUCUUUGUUCGGAAACGUACGUUUCCAUGGAUUCCGUCAACUGUAGAAAAGACUGUCAUUACGAAAUUGCUUCUACUUCAGGAACAAUUUUUAGUCCUAAUUAUCCCGGCAGCUAUUACAAUAAUGCAAACUGCACUUGGAAAUUUAAAACUACACCAGGCCAUAGAAUACAAAUCAGUUUUCUUGAUGUACAAACUGAAAACUGUCACGAUUACAUUAAUGUUUAUGAUGAUUAUUCAUCAAGUGUGCGCAUUUUGGGAAAACUUUGUGGUACUAGAACAGGCAUCACUGGAUUGUCCACGAAAAAUGAACUAUAUGUCAAUUUUAUAUCAGACGGUUCGAAUGUUUAUCAAGGUUUCAAAGCGACAUAUUCGUCUCUAUGUGGUGGUACUCUGACCGCUACCAUCACCGAAAAUUAUAUCUAUUCUCACGAUACGUAUCGUCUUUCGAAUUACUACAACAACACUGACUGUGUUUGGACUAUAAGGGCAAAUUCCGGGUAUUACGUAAAUCUGUCAGUUGAAGUUCUCGAAAUUGAAGGUGUUUCUGAUUGUUCUCUCGAUUUUAUGGAAAUUCGAGAGGGUCAUAUUUCACGUGGAAAAUACUGUGGUGUUAACAAACCUGAUGAAGAAUUGCUAUCGAGUAGUAAUUUUACGGUAACAUUUCACACAGAUUAUCUUAGAGAAGCAAGAGGUUUUCGAUUAAUGUAUAAAGCCAUACGAGCUGAAGAAGUUCGUGUUAAUUAAUUGCCCACUUUUUGUUAGAAGUUCAUGUGAAUAAAGUUACUCAUAGGGUAUUAGAAUAUUGUUACGAAAUAAACCCAUACGCCGCCCCGGCUACGACGCCAAUGGGUCUUCUAAUAAGUUUGCGUUUCUUUUAGUGUGUAGCAUGACUCAUCGGUGACAGCGGCCGGCGCUCGCUAGAGAAAGGCCUGGAACCGGAAGUCGCGAUGGAUUCCAGAAAGACCUGGACCACGAAACUUCUAGAGGAGAGUCUGGCUUUAAAUAGAGGCCGCCGUCGGGAACGGUAUUCAUUCGAUCGAAUUCAGUCAGCGAGUGUCGGGAAAAUCCAGACAAGAAGCGCCGGAAUUAUUUAGUGUGUAAUCGUUGUAACAGUCGUGUAUAUUCCAUUUUGUAAGAAACAAAUUGUUGAGUUUUAAUCCACGGCAAUUUUUAUUCGCCCGCCCUACGUAAUAAUAUUGUUACUUUUUAAGUGAAGUUAUCUACUGAAUAACUGAAUGAGUUUGUCAGAUUUUUUUGUUUGUUAUUUUCAUAUAUAUCAAGUGUUUUUAGUUUUUUGUGAGGUUUUGAAUGGCU